GAGAUACUGUAUAGUGAUACGACACAAACUCCGCCUAAUUUCACACCUCCGCCAGUUUUUACACCUUCGACUUCAGUUCCUCAAACCACACCUCCUCAGUCGACGCCCAUACCCAUUAAUGUGUAUGAUCAGAUACGCCCGACAGCAACCAGACGAAGUAUUUCUCCGGCACAGAAGGAUCCUCGUCACCAGCAAAGCUCCACCCUCCCUCUCUCGCCAGCCCAUAAAUACGAAGAACCAAGUCCUCCUGUUCAUCCUCGAAGUCGCAUGAGGAGCAACCCAAGUAUAGCCACGCCCUAUCCAUUCCCUUAUUCUCAACCAGUUUCAUCUCAAAGGGAUAUUAAUAAAGCGGGUGUGGUUAGCCCCGCCCCAUUGCAUCUAAUGCAGCGAGCAACUUCGGUCCCGUCCGACCAGCACUGGUUCCACCCACCACAGAGGGCGGGGCAUCCUAAGAAUUCUAUUGGUAGUAAUAGUAAGCUACCAGCUGUACGAGAGAGAGGUACAUCCCCUCCUAGUGAUCACUGGUAUCACGGUAACAGUGAUAUAGUCACGCCCACUAACGUUAUUGAUUACGCUACAAGCUCCAUCAGUAGUCAGAGUUUAAAUCGACCAAUCAGCAGAGGGCACAGUGGGGGCGUAGUACCACCCGUGAGACAAGGCGUAGUAUUGUAUGAAGUAUGA